CAGCUAUACUUGACCAGCAGAGCAAUUAAAUGUUCUCCCGCUCAAUGGCAGGAGAUACAAAGAAACGAUGCAUCCACAAACAGAAGAGUAGUUUGGUGCUCGACUAAACCGGCCCACAUUUCUCAGUAAGUAAUUAUGUGAGUAUAUUCAAAUCACCCUUACUUCAGGAUCUCUGCACUCGUGAUGACAAACUAUGUUUCUACGGCUCACAAGAAAAACUGAAAUGUGCAUUUUCCUUUCAUAUUCGUUCUCCUGUAGUUUUCCAGCCCCUCAUUAGAAUAUCACUGUCAGAGAUGUGCUGUAAAUCAGCUCCGAGCUGUUUAAUUGUCCGCGCGGGGUAGAGAGGCGGUGUAGGGGCAAGAUCUGGGUCAGUACACAUUUUACACACUCAUAGAGGACAAACUAUGCAAAAAAAAAAAAAAAAACAACAAACCGCCUGAAAUGCCUCAUGAGCAUGAGAAUGUCUGUAGGGACAAAAAAAAAAAAGAAACCAUGGUGGCAACCUGUUGCUUUGCUUGCAAGUGGAGGGAACAUUUCCCAGCAGCGGCUCCACACAUGACAACAGCGCACACCCACAUCUUGCACGCCCAUCCCCAAGAAGAGCCCUCCGAGCUCACACACACACUCGUGCACGUACAAGAGCUUUUUGCACACAACUGCGCGACUUUGAAGACAUUCUGGAAAGGAGGCCACGUUUCCUCUCGGGAAAGACAAAUGGCCAACUCCGGGAUUCAACUUUUGGGCUUCUUCCUGUCGCUGACUGGCAUCGUGGGUCUGAUCAUCGGGACCAUUCUGCCCCAGUGGAAGAUGUCGGCCUACGUCGGGGACAACAUCAUCACGGCCGUGGCCAUGUACCAGGGAUUGUGGAUGUCUUGCGCCUUCCAGAGUACGGGACAGCUCCAGUGCAAGAUCUACGAUUCCAUCCUGCAGCUCGACAGUUCUCUUCAAGCCACUCGGGCUCUGAUGAUCGUGGGCAUCAUCGUGUCCGUGGCUGGCCUGGGCGUGGCCUGCACGGGCAUGAAGUGCACCACCUGCGGGGGGAGCGACAAGCUGCGCAAGGCCCGUGUCGCCAUGACGGGGGGCAUCAUCCUGUUAGUGGGAGGGCUUUGUGCCAUCGUGGCUUGCUCCUGGUUCGCUCACAACGUGAUCCGGGCGUUCUACAACCCCUACACUCCUGUCAACACCAAGUUUGAGUUUGGCGCCGCCAUCUUCAUCGCGUGGGGCGGUUCCCUCCUGGAUGUCCUGGGCGGGGCCAUGUUGGCAGCCUCGUGCUCACAAAAGAAGCAAGUCUCCAAGUACCCAUCCGUGGCCAGUUCCCGUUCCGGGCCUGCCAGCGGAAACAAGGAAUAUGUCUGAAUGUCAUCAGUGUUAAACAAAGAUAUCCAAGUGAAAAUGUGUGUGGGCCAUCACUGAAUCACUAAAGGGAGACUUUAUGCGUUUAAUAAUUGCUUGCUUGUGACGCAGUACUGUCUCAACCACAUGCGUUUAUACAAGUGCUAUUCACUUUAGACUACAAAAAACAGACAGGAUACAAACUCCAGUCUGAAUGGUGAAUACAGAAUCGUCCACACGUGCACGUCCAAUUUCGACCUAUUUUAUAGUCACACAUCAGCCAAUGGGUUGAAAGUUAUUUAUUUGGCCAAACGUAGGUUGACUUUUAGAUUUCAGGUUUGUAGAUGGAUGUCAUAUUUUGGUGAACUGCUUUUUUUUAUAUAUAUAUACAAAGACAUACUACUGAUGCAUGUAGCUGAUAUGUAGAAAUAAAGGCAUUGUAACAUUU